AUGUCCAACGGUUCCGUUACACAACGCGUCGCGACCUUCAACGACUACAUAGGGAAUGUGUCGAACCGCGACCGUGUCAUGUCGGUCGUGCAGUUCAGUGCGAUGGCCCUGACAGGCCCUGCUGCUGCCGCCGGCUGCUCGAAGCUGUCUGCGCACUUCAACACUAUCCACCACAUCGCUGCUCACUACCGUACCAUCACCCGCUUCUCGCAGUGGCUCGUCGUCGCCCCGGCCCUCACAUACAGCGGCAUCACGGGUGCUCUCAACAGCCACCCGAACCCACUGGUUGGCAUCUGCAAGACGAUCUCCACCGCCUUCUUUACUGUCUUCCUUAUCGGCGAGGAGCUUGUGCUGGCUUCCAAGUCCAAUAUGCUCGACCCCGUCCUCGGCAAGCACCUCAACCGCAUUCGUUUUGUCUUUCUCUUCUGGUCGAACAUUGCGCGCCUCAUCAUGAACUACCUUUUACUGAAGAGCAGCAGCUACGAUGCUGUCAAGGACACCCAGAACGAGAAGAAGGCGAAGGACCACCGCCGCAAGGUCCUCAGCGUGGCGGACGGAGUGCUUCAGAGCAUGUUCUGCUACACUCUUCUCAAAAGCUCUGCACCAGCGGGCCCCAAGUACCUCAGCGCUGCUCUCCAAUCAGGAAACGUGGUCGAUGUCAUCACCUCCCUUGCACCGCCGCUGAUUGCGGUACCCAGUACCCCGCAGGGUAUCAUCGGCCUCGUGGCCUCUGUCCCCGGCUUCAUGAUGAGCAUCCUGUAA